AUGAAGACACAGAAAUUGAAAUCGACUGUUUCUGCUGAUCGACUACCUCGAAAAUCAGCCGAUUAUCUAUUUCAACCGAUUACAUCCAUCGAUCAACGAAAAUCACCGUCGCCAUUUCAAACCGGUCUUCGGUAUCUCAAGCUGCUAAGUCAAUCAAAACGACAUAAUGGAAAUUCAAUCAAACCAUUCGGUCUCGAUCGACUCGAACGCACAUCCGCAUUUUCAACAAAUUACUAUGCACCUCUCUCUUCUCGUCUAACAAACAAAUCUACGCAAAUUGAUGUUCUCGAUGAAGUAUCGUUGAAAUCGACAGUGACGAGUUACUGUUCAUUGUUACCUUCCUAUGAAUUUAUCGUCACUACUGCUUCGAUUCUUCUCUUCAUUCUAUUCAUUUUUCAUUUACAAUUCAACCCAUAUCCAGUCCACUGCCUAUUACACAAGAAAUUCUGGUAUCCUAUAGACUUCAGCACCGGUUUUAAUUGUGAAAAUACCAAUGUUCAGAUCUAUUAUAUGGAAAUUCAUUCAAAAUUCUAUCAAUUAGAACUUCAGAAGAAUCCUCAUGCAAUGAACUGUCUAGGCUUUCAUAUUCUUUCUUGCUUACCUAUUGAUUACUCAUCAAUUCCUAAAGGACAAAUCAUUCGUCGAAAUGAUCAAUUCACGCACUAUUGUAAUCGCACUCAGAAAUUCAUCUGCCAAAACCAAUCGUUACAUAUUUUACCGUACGAAUCGAAAUGGAAAUUGAGAAACAGCGAGACCGAUACUUUGCCUCAUUGUUCGUGCUUAGAAAGAGCAAACCAAACACGAUGCUUUCAUUUCAAAAUUCGUGAACAAUGCGAUUUACAGAUACCUUGGAUUGAUGUUUGUGUGAAAUAUUCCGCAACACAAUCAACUUGUCAAGCAUAUGUGAAAAAAUUCUAA